AUGCCUCCGAAGAGGCGCGGAGCUGCCUCAAGCUCCUCGUCGACCGCUCCAAAGCGCGGCCGCCAAUCCAAACUAGCCAAAGAGAAUAACAUCACUGCCGAAGAAGAAAACGAAAUAAAAGAGGUCUUUGGGCUUUUCGCAUCUCCAAACGAAGAGUUCCCGGAUGAGAAGGCAGGCGUCAUACCCCGCGAGGACGUGCGCAAAGCCAUGGUUGCUCUCGGCCUCCCCCCUGAAGACUCAACCGAACUCUCUGAAAUCCUCUCGGCGCUCGACCCAACACUGACAGGCUAUAUUCCAUACGGCCCGUUCCUCUCGGUCGUGGCUGCGAAGCUGCGUUCGCGCGACGAUGAAGACAUGGCUGCGGAGGCGGACGAGGCGUAUCGGCUCUUUACUCGGGGAACGAGCGGACCGAUCUCCCUUAGCAUGUUGCGCCGCAUUGCGCGAGAGCUCAAGGAAAAUGUGGAUGAUGAGUUGCUAAAAGAUAUGAUUCUUGAAGCGAAUGGUGGCGCUGGAGUCCAUGCUGGGGUUACGUUGGAGCAGUUCCAUGAUGUUAUGAUGCGUGCGGGCGUUUUGUGA